GGGGGACACGUUUACAGUCGCGCCAAGUUGCGUGCUUCCGGUUCACUGUUGGCUGUUGUCAAACGGCUGAAACAAGUUUAGAUUUUUAGCCAUACAGUUUUUUUCGGAUAUGUCUCAUGUUUUGCGGACACUCGCCACUGGAGUGUUUAGCGUGCAGAGAUCUGUGACCGUCCUGUCACUCUUGCGUCCAGUGAGCGCCGUGAAGAUCCGCGGACAACAGCGGAGCCGCAGCGACGGAGUCAAGGACAGAGAGAGUCAGCCGUUUGACGAGUCCCUCCUUGAGUUUCUUGUGUGUCCACUGUCCAAAAAACCUCUGAGGUAUGAUGAAAGGAGCAACGAAUUAAUAAAUGAAGAGCUUGGUAUUGCAUAUCCCAUCAUUGAUGGCAUUCCUAACAUGAUCCCACAAGAUGCAAGAAUGAUCCAUAAGAGCAAAGCAACUGAAAACCCCUCUGAAUCUUGA